AUGGCCGCCCUCAAGGCACGUGUCGCAGCCGCCAUCGGAACAAGCAAGGCGAAGGGCGGCCUGAAUGUUGGGCUUCAUCCGGCUCUUGAGGAUCUCGGACAGUGGAAGCCUACCGCCGCCGCCAAGCCAGCCGAUUCGAGACUUGCUAUGGGCUCGGCAGGAAAGCUACACAGCGAACAGACACGUAUUUCUGCCGGCAGCAGGACCUCUGCCUUUCUUAAUGGCCAGGGCGGAGCGACCGGGGCGAAUCCGUAUCUUGAGACCGCCACACCGGGCGUUUCCGCCGGCAAACAGAGGAUGCCACGCCAGCUCGCCUUCAACCAGAAGGGCAAAUACAUACAGCAAGCCAAUGCCCUCCGAAGACAAGCCGCCCUCGAGGCGAUGAAGAAAAGGAUUGCCGAGCAGACGAGGAAGGCCGGUAUCGAUGAGGACUUGGGCGAGAAGAACUUCGUGGUUGAGGCGCCUCCAGAGAUUGAGUGGUGGGAUGAAGCUUUGGUCACGUCUUACGACACUCUAGAUGAUCCCAGCUCCCUCAAGAUCCAGGGCGAGGACACCAUCGUCACGAACCUCAUACAGCACCCCGUGGCGCUGGAGCCCCCACAGGAACGCAAUGCCCCCGCGCCGAAGCCUAUGUAUCUUACAUCCAAGGAGCAGGCAAAGAUUCGAAGGCAGAAUCGGAUGGCUGAUCUCAAGGAGCAGCAGGCCAAGAUCAGGCUUGGCCUCAUCCCAGCACCCCCUCCCAAGGUUAAAAAGGGCAACCUGAUGCGUGUUCUGGGUGAGGAGGCCGUUAAGGAUCCGACGGCUGUCGAGGCCAUGGUCAACCAGCAGAUCGCGGAGAGGCACCAGAAGCACCUGCAGACGAAUGAGGAGAGGAAGUUGACCAAGGAGCAGAAGCACGAAAAGCUGGCUGCCAACCAGGAGAAAGACGCCGCCAAAAGUCUCCACCUCCUCGUGUUCAAGAUUGGAAGCCUCGCUAACGGACAGCACCGAUUCAAGAUCCAGAAGAAUGCAGAGCAGCUGGCCCUCACUGGGAUCUGCGUUAUGCACCCUAGGUUCAACCUGAUAGUUGCGGAGGGGGGACAGUGGAGCACUACAAAGUACAAGAAGCUCAUGAUGAACCGGAUUGACUGGACAGAGAACGUGCCAUCUCGAGAUGCCAAGCAAGGUCAGCAGAGAGAGUGGCUCAUGGCAGAGGAUGACAAGGGCGGCCUCAAAGAUAUGACUUCGAACUAUUGCAAACUCGUCUUUGAGGGCGAGGUCAAGACUAGGGCUUUCAAGCGUUGGACUUCAAAAGUUGCUGAGACGGACGCCGAAGCUCGUGAUGCUCUGGCAAGGUCAAAGAUGGACAACUUCUGGUCUACGGCACGGAGCAUGCUCUAGGUUGACAGGGUGCAUGACGACGCAUGUUGUCCCCUGGCCUGGCACGGCAUACUCGGAGGCAUCUAUUAGUGUCUGAGCUAUCGAGCAGACUUUUGAACGGCAGCCCAUUCACGAUCACAUGGCAUAGAACCACAAUCAAAGCCUCACAAUUCGACAAGUAGUUUUCACUUG